UGGCGGCACAGGGCAUACACAAGCGCGCGCCGUUGUGCUUUUAACCCUCGAGAAUAAUAUGUGGCUAAUGCUCCCGGAGAAACGUUCGAUGAUGACGAUGACGACGACAUGUAUGAAGCUGCCGGUAGAACAGGGGAUGCAGCUGAGGAUCUAGUGGUAGGGGUAGUGAUGCGGACACCCUCGUCAACCCUCGUGCAGGGCUUGCUUGGAUAUUCCUGUCCGCAGUAGUUGUGUGUGCGUUGCCGCAACGAAGCGAAUGAGAGGGAGAGAGAGAGAGAGAGAGCGAGCAACAGAAAGAAAGAGUGGGUGCUAAGGGUAGCUCUGCGGGCCACAUACAAACACACACACUCACACGAUCGUGCGGAGUUGUUGGGAUCGGCUCUGUAACGUUUGUGCCCUCGCUGUCGCACCAACCGCCGCGCUCGCUUAGAUCUGGAUGUGGGGUGGUAUAGUGAUAUUACCUGUUGGAGCGGAAGGCAAGUGUGUGACACGUUUAUAAAAAUUUCCCGAGAAAGUGGCUGUGCGCGCAGCCACAGUGCAGCCAUUGUACAGCCGAAGACCGUCCGCGUAACUACACGCAAAAGCGCUCCGUUGUCGUUUUGGGAAGCUUUUUGCUCGUAAGGCUUUUAAGGGUUUGCCCUGUCGACUUUCUUUGCUGGUGCUGCUGGUAGUGUCACGGGAAGCAACAACAACAAAAAAAAGCCUAAAAAAGGUGAAAUCGAAAAAAAAGAGUGCGUGCGUUUAUCGGGUGCGGCCAAAGAAUAUGGCGAUUUGAUUGUGGUGCUGUUAAUCGAAGCAAGCGACCAACCUGAUCGUUCCGUAAGGUGAGAAAGUGAACGAUCAACAGUUGAAUGAAUAAGUGCUGUGGAAAGAUUUGUUAGUUUUGCACGCCGUUUUCACUCGAAGUGCCCUUACCGUAAACGAGAGCAAUCGAAAGGAGUGUCUCUGCUGCAAGUGGUUUCGGUUUUCUAACAGAUUGGGAAAUAUUGAGUGUCUUUACAAGGCGAGGUGAAAUUAUCCUCUUGUGCUGUAUGCUGCUAGUGUAUCCGGGAUCUACACGGAAUACGGAAUGAUGUACCGUGGCUGUGUAAUGCGUUGAUGCGUAGUGUCCGUGUGGUGCUUUCACGAUAUUGCCAGGGAAGCACACACGGCACAGAGGAAGAUCAUUCCAUCUCCGGGUGUCAACGUCGCUGACUUUCCUUUGGAUCGAUCGUUAAGGGGAAGCGACAGGGAAGGGUGGGCUGGAACAGGUAGCAAAGGAAGUAACCCGAACCACCAGCAUAGGCAGCGCAAAGAGCCACAGCAUACAGCAGCAGCAGCGCGCGUCAUCCAAAGGAAAGGAAUGUUGACUUAAUGCUGUCGCAUCAGGUAAGCAAGAGGGAAAGAGCGAGAUCGCAAGAAGGGAUCGAAGAUCGAACAAGGGUGUAAAAGAAGGGUGCAAAGAAGAGAACGGCAACUUCGUAGCGGGAAACCACUACCACCAACAUCAUCACACCGUGAUCGUCAUAGCAACCACACUAUGUUGAAAAGGGCGCACAAGGGUUGGAAAGGGGGAAAGGUGAUCGUUUCGGUGAUCUCUGGCUCGAACGCUGUAUGGAAGGAAACCUGUUGUUAGGUGCGGAUGGCAUGUGGAAAGUACAAGGGGGAGGGUACAACGGUACAACAUAAAAUUGUAGCCUGUUUUGCAUACAUUUGCAAAACCAGCCAGCAAGCCUGUUAGAGAAAAAAGGGUUGAAGAAAAAGAGAGAGAGAGAGAAACGAAAAGGUGCAAAUGAUUGGUCUCUCGCUCUUCGAUCGUGUGUUGUUCCCGUUGGAUUGAUCCACCCACGUUUACGACGAUGGAGAGCAAAAAGCUGCAGCAGUUGCAACAGGCCAACUCCCAUCUGGCACCGAUGCCACAAAUGAAGCCUCCACAAGGUGGUGGUUUUCAACAUCCACCACCGGGCGGAUACGAUUAUGGUGCGACCGCAGCGGCUCCAGGCCGAUCUUCCAUGUUUCCACCGAAUGCAUCACAGUACCAGGGCUAUGGGCAGCAUCCGUCGUCGCUGCGAUCACCUUACUCGACCGGUAGCCCAAAGUCCUCACUAAGCACGAACAGUGGCGCCCUCUAUGGGGCGACCGACAUGGGAGACCUUUCGUCCACCAGCGGUGGACCGUCCUAUCAUAUGCCGCCGGGACAGCAAGGAUUACUUCUGCCGCAUCAACAACAGUUCCGCAGCAAUACCCUUGGUCCCGGAGGUUACGGAUACGAUCACCAGCAGCAGCUCUAUCGUGUGAGCUCUCCGUCGAGUGGAAGUGGGGGCGCGGCAAGUGGUGAACGUGAACGACUGUAUCAAACAGCGCCACUGGUGCGGUCCGGCGUACCUGGCACACCACACUCCGUAACGAGUGGGAUGAGUUCCAACGCUCCAAUGUCGAAGCUGGAGCUGCAGUUUCAACAACUUCAGCGAGAAAAAAUUCAACAACAGAUCAAAACUGCCACCGAAGCCAUUGCACAUCAGCAGCAAACGUUUGCCUUACGGCAACAGUUAAAUCCCCCCGUUCCAAACUAUCAUUUAAAACAAAAUCUGCUGCAAAAUCUUUCCCAACAUCAUCAGCAGCAAAUUCAGCAACAGCAACAACAGCAGCAGCAACAACCACAGCCUCAAAAUCAGCUGCAAGUACAUAAACAUCCGCAAUAUCCUGCGCAGCAACAACAGCAGAAACAGUUAGCUCAGCAACAUCAACAGAAACAGCACCAGCACAAACAACAACAGCAGCAGAUGCAACAUGCUAUGAAGCAACAACAGCAGCAGCAUCAGCAGCAACAACAACAACAACAACAUCAGCAAUCACGAUACAGCGCUUCGGGUGGUUCGGCGAAUCGUAAUGCACCGCCAUCAAGUCUGAAUCUGCUAAACCACUGUCAACCGGCGGGUAGUGAAACGGAUAAAAUAAUGCGAUCGCAUGUGCCAUCUUACCACGGAACAGUCGAUACGACUGGCGCUGUUAUUGGCCUAUACGGAGAGGAAGAAUCAUUGUACCAUCAAAAGAGUGGCUACCCACAAGGAAUAACUUCUCCACCAGGCGCGAAUAGCGAAAUCAUUAUUCAGCAAAACAUUCCCGGUCAGGUAGUGAACCAGGCCUGCCAGACCCAAAUCAGCUCGAUGGUGUUAGCUGGGAACAGUGGUGUUGCGCAGCAAUCGCAACAACAACAACAACAACAGGUGAAAUCAUCACCAUCAGACACACUCUCCAGUCCAUCGCAUGAUUCCAGCGAGCGAAGACGUGGUGGAAGUGGACAGCAGCACACACUUAAGUCUCCCGUCACCAAGCGGCCAGCCAAUGCACCGGUAGCAUUGUCCGGCUGGCUGUACAAGCAGGGUUCAGAUGGACUCAAAGUAUGGCGCAGACGCUGGUUUGUACUGUCGGAGUACGUACUGUACUAUUACAAAGGUCAGGAGGAGGAAAAAUUACUGGGAACUGUGCUGCUACCAUCGUACAAGGUGUCAGCCUGUUUUCCAGAGGACAAGAUCUACCGUAAGUUUGCGUUCAAAUGUGAGCAUGCGAACAUGCGCACGUUUGUGUUUGCUGCGGAGAACGGUGAAUCCAUGAGCCAGUGGGUGCGAGCGUUGACACUGGCGACAAUGAUGAUACAGCAUGUAGGUUCCGAACAGGAGGCAAAUCUGAAUCUACCGAAGGGCAGCGUAACUACCGGUGAACUUUUGUCCAGUGACUCCAGCGGUACCGGUGGCCCACAGUCACAGGGUUCGAACGAUACCAUGAAACUGAUACAGCAAGCGAAUGGCAAUGGAAGUAGUAGCAGCAGUGGCGCAGGUACAUCGGGACUGAACGACAGUAUGUCUUUACCGCAGCCACUGUACGCGAAUGCUCCACCAAAACCAAGACGCGUGAAUGAUGCAGGCUAUUCUUCGCCCAGUCCCGAGCACACAAUGUUGCAGGAUCGGUACGAACAGUUGGUGCAACAUCAGCAGAUGAUGUUUCCAGGCGUAGCAUCCGGUCCACAGGGUGGUGGAAUGGUGCUGGGAAACAACCGGACACCGGCGGCGUUAACAGCUCAGGCGAUCUACGGUGAUCCGAAACGGAUCGAGCGAGACUUGUACAUCCAGAAGCUUAUAGAGCAACAGCAACAGCAACAGCAAUUGAAUGCGGCAAAACAACAGCAGCAGCAGCAGCAACAACAACAAAAUCUUGGCAUACAGUCAUCCCCCAUGCAUGGACAGGUACUGCGUAGCACACCCGGUGCUGGAACGAAUCCAUUUCUGUACCCUAGUAAUGAUCGCCGUACGCCGGAUACAUACGGACCACCAAAUGCAGCGAUCGAUCCCAAGCAUAUGUCUGAUUAUGAGGACAUCUAUAAUUUAACCAUGCUGUCGAAAUCGCUACCAUCAAACGCUGCAGGCCCAAUGGAAGGAAUGGGCGGCGAGGGAGGAGGGACCGUGGCGGGCGGGACAUGUUACAAACGACCGUCCAGUCCGCUGCGCUACGAAAGCAAUGGAGCAUUCCCUGCGUACAUGGGAAAUUCGUUGUACAAUGCCGGUCAAUUUGAGCAUCCACUAACUGCAGGUGCUGCACCAUUACCACAGCAUGUUCAGAUGCGAGCAAGACCUAUUCCACCGAACAUUCCAAGACCGCAUUCGGCCGACUUUUUGGACUAUGAAGCAAGGCAUCCAUUGAACCAGACUGUCAGCGGUGCUAACGACGAGCCCAGCCCUGUACAUCGUACACCACGGCCAAAAUCUAGCCUGGACAUUAACCGUACGCCUGAUCACUAUUACUAUUCUGAGGCCAGCUAUGCGGAGAAGAUGCGCCUGCAAAGCGCAUCGUACUUACAACGGACUAAUAAUUCGGCUACCGGUGCAUCGCGCAAACAACAACGAUCCGAUGAAAUGCAAGGAUUGUUUUCUAGUGGAACGAUGCCCCGAGAAGGAUUGUACCGAAGUGGCAGUGGCAAGUUAAUACAAUCGCAACAACAGGCGGAGGAUUACCCUAUAGGCUCACAGAGCAUGCCACGACCAUCAGCUACGGAUCGUGGCGCGACAAGCAUUCGUCCUACCGUGAGUAGCUUAAAGAAACAAGGCAGCGGGACGUCCCAGCAACAGCAACAGGAACAGUUUGCACGCUCUGCAAGCGCAAGGUUGCCUCGCAAGGAAGAGGAUUCAUCCCUGCGGGACGGUGAACGCAAACGAGAAGAAUCAAUGAAGCGACUGCUCGAGUGGAAGCAGAGAAUGUUGCAAUCGCCACUGACGAAGAAAAUUGCUAGCCAGCAUUCAGCCACAAUGGCAUCGGCCGAAUCGCUUAAUCCGGGCUCGAGCACUAGCGUUGCGGGUGAUCGACGGCACGAAGAUAUCUAUGGCAUGAAGUCGGAAGAUUCUCUACUACGCGGUGAUUACUAUUCCUCGACAUACGAGCGGCAAUCGAUUGGUGAUCUAACGACAAUCGGAUCGGCAACUGCUAGGAAGCACGGCGGUAGUGUGGCGAACAUUGCUCAAACAUCGGCGUUCGGUAGUGAGAUGAAACUGAACGGAGAUUACAACAGUUACUCGUCGGACGAUGAAGAUGGAAGAAAAUUUACGCCGGCAGGAAGGUCAUCCCCACUCGUUAGUACCGUUUCCACGAAUGAGGUAGCAGAAGCACCACCACCAUCACACAAUUUAACACAACACAACCACAGCCACCAAUUUUCUGAUUUCGCCGCUGGCUCUGGCAGCACUGAUAAUACGAUGCACGCAUUAACGCAAUCUUUUUACGCCGACACUACCGGCAGUGGCGGUGAUGGUAAAGACAGGAUUAUCAAGCCAGUCAGUAAUGCAGACAGUAACAUGGAACAGGAGAAGGAUUGUAAGCCGACAGCACUUGCGAUGAUUGAGCAUCAGGACGAGGAAGAGGAUGGGUUGUAUGAGGAUAGCUUAGUGAACCACGCAAGUGUCAGCGCAAGCCCUAAUUUGAGUGUAGAUGCGAAUGUGUAUGAGAACAGCUUUAUCAAAGCGCCAAAUGAUCGUAAGAAUUCAGAAAGUGAUGCAGAUAAGGGUGUAGACACUGAUUGUAGGCGCGAACCAAAGGACGCCGUAGAAAUCGGGCUCGUUGAGCAUCUUGUGAAUAGCAGGGCCCAUAAUGAUAGAAGUAGCGGUAGGAUAAAUGGUAAUGGGAAUCGUAACAAUUCAACGGUUGAUGUUAAACCUUUGCUAAUAACGGAAAUGGUUGCACCUAAACAACACGAACAACAGCUGCAAGCGUAUGUUCCCGUUUACAAGCACAGCCUAACGUCACUAAGUGUCACAGCGUUGCAUUCUCCAUCGUCGAAUGUGUUAAUAGGUGAAAUAGGCAAAGAAUUAGCCAAAGAAACGAUAAACAAAAUACGAGAAUCGUCGAAUGAACACGAAGUGAUCGCGAGCAACCACGUAACUGAUCCAGAUUUACAGGUAGAAGAAAAGAAUGCAGAUGAUGGAGAUGAUAUCUUCGAAUAUACCGAUGAAGAUCUAGAUGAAGCGUUGCAGCAUGCAGAGGAACAGCAGGAAAUUGACACAGGUAAGGAAGGGGAAAAAGUGUCUACCUUCAUCGAUGGAUCUUCUGUGGAGCUGCCGAACUACGGCAUGUCGAUGGACGAUGAGCUUUCAAUGCAGAUAAUGGAAGGGCACUACAUGCCGAUGACUCCGAGAAAGAACUUGAUCAGCUCAGCUAGUAGCUGUACGACGCUUUCGCUCUUAAACCGUCACAAUAGCAUUAAUCAAACGCGACAACUGAUGUCAUCAGCUUCGUCGACGGGCAAGUUGAGACCGUGCGAAAGUUUAACAGCGAUGGAUAUCCUGGAUUCGAUACAAAAAAGCAACGAAAUGCAGAUGUGCAACACUUACGACGAAAGUACCUACAUUGAGAUGACUAAGGGAGCACUUGGAAAGAGCGUAUUUGCUACAGCGGAGGAGCUGAGGGGAACGACAUACGAGAUGAUCAUGGUACCAGAAUCUUCCCGACCGCUUUCACGAGCAGCUGGGAAUGGUAGUGAGUUGGGAAUAAAUCGAGCUACAGCAGAUUCCGAACCGCUCUACAUGGAGCUGUCGCAAUUACAUAGCAACAUCAAUACAUUGACCAAAAAGGAUUCUAAACAUGGAAUAAUUGAUAGCAGCGUGAAUAGGAAUGAAAAACUUAACGCGAAAGGUAUUGAUGGUGAAUAUCCGAAGAAGUCGCAAAACAUGGAAAGCACAGCUGAACUUACUGGAGAAAGAACUAGUACGAUGGUGCGAAUGAAAAAUGCAGUAACUGGUGGAACAAGUAGCAUAAAUAAAAAGAAGAAAAAGGAUAAAAACUGGCCAGAUAUAGUGAUGCAAUCGAGUAAAACCGACGACAGUGAUAGUGAAUCUGACACGACUGAUAAACUGAACGAUGACUGCAAACGAAUCAAAAAGAAGACUGGCGCCAAAGAGAAGAAACUGUCUACAAUUACUUCCGAUCUGCAGAGUAAAACAAUGGCACGUUCGCGAUUUAGUCUAUCUGAUACCUUUCGACCAGCAUCGUACUAUUUGGGAGCAAGUGGAAGUGCGACUCCGUUCGGUCACGGCAAUAAUGCUGGGGAUAGUUCGUUCGAUAUUUUACUGGACAGCUCGGAUAGUGAUAUUGUAUCACCGCCUCCGAUCCCGAUCACAUCACUUCCACUGGAUGAACCUGAUGGUAGUGGUGGCUGUGGGGAUGAAGGGGGAAUGCUGUUGGGCACGGUUCAUGUACCAAGAUACGGCGAUCGUGAGAAAUUUCGAUCAAGCGAAGCAAUUGAUCUGAUAAAAAGCCAUCACGCACAGGAGAAACGACAAUCGGUGCAAAGUUUGGUGACAGGCACAUCCAGCGGUGGUCAAUCGUUGGCUGGCUCGAUGAAUCUAUCCUACGGUAUGCGCAGAGAGAGUGGAAGCAUUUCGUCAAAUCGAUCAAGUCUACGGAGCAGUUCCCAGGGUCUGUUUGCUGUAGGCAAUGCUGGUGUAGCAGGAAAGCAAACUCGUGAUUCAUUGAGCGGGCAGGAACGUUGCUACGAUGGUGUCUCCCAUGCAUCGUCAGAAUAUGAAUUACUUGUUCGGGAUGCAUGUGCAAAUUCGGUCCGAUUAGGAUCAGCAAUGGGCACAAGGAGGGAUGACUCGUCGGCACGAAGUUCAAUCACACUUUCCGAAACGAGUGGUUCCAUCGAGUGGAGAAGUCGUUCAUGCAUGGAUGUGUCGAUAAGGAACAAACGACGUCCUAUAUCAGGUAGCUCGAUCAACUGUCCCAUUGAAAUGGCUUUGGAUGGUCUGGAUGGUACUGCAGAAGUUGUCGGCAGUCAACUGGAAGAUAGCAGUCGGGGUAAUCGCUUUUUGGGUAAUGUAAAUAUUGAAGGUGUAAAAGAAGGUAUUGCUGAAAGUAACACAGAAGAAAUGCACAGUAAUUCUUCCAACUUUUCACAAAAUGGCCACGACAACAGUAUUUACUACGAGAACGUAGAUGUUGCUGGAUCGGAUGUUUCGCAAUUGACAUUACGUAAUCUAGCCGCUCCGAUACUCAGCCCGCUUAGGGAGAAAAAUCUCUCCCUGCACGAUGCACGUUGCCAGUCGGAAUAUCUGAGUACGGUUCUUGAAGGACACAGUCUUGAUGUGGAAAAUGCAUCCCUCUUGUCUGCGAUGGAUCCCGAUCAGCAAAGCUCGUGCACUAUACGCUAUGAUUACGAUCGUUCGAAUCAGUGCAAUAGGACCAUUACGCCAAUUGAUGGCGGUACGCAUUCAGUGGCGACCGAUGCAAUACACAGUCGUAAUAACAGUACGCUAUCCUCCGAGGGAGCUCCUUAUUAUUAUUCGGAUCUACAGGCGGCUCGAUCACGUGAAGAAGAAAGCAUACAGCACCAACGCCAGCUAAGCAAUGAACGAUGUGGUACCAGUAAUGGUAGUUCCCAUACGUCACCUUCAGCACUAUUUGCAGCUGGUGAUACGCUCAACAAUCAGCGUGAUCCUGGAGGACUACGCAAACAUACAACUGGAAGCAUAUUCCACAUUCACAAUCCGUUAAAUACACUCAAGACGGCCAAUUUGUUGCUGCACGCAUCCGCUAACGAGAAGCAUGCAGAUAUUGAUCGGAAAAAUCUUUAUGAGUCGGAUAGGAUUGGACAGAAGGAUGUUAACAAAACAAUUGCUGCAUCCUUGGCAGCAGGAGUAGGUAAGAUUGCUGGAAUGCCUGCAGGUCGAUCGUCUUCUUCGUUGUCCGUAAAUGCGUUCAAAGACGGUAGUUCUACGAUUAGUCGACUGUCAACCGGAUCUUUCAGCAGCUCUACGUUUCAGCAUCAAGACAGCGCAUACGGUGCACAAUCUACAACAAGUGGUGAACCUAUACCAGGAUGUAGCAAUAGCAGAAGGGAAGGUUUGCAACAACUGCUCGACACUUCUGGUGGUAAUAUUUCCUCAGGUGAUCAACUCUGGGAAGAAGACACACUGUGGAGGGAUAACUUACGCCGAGUGUCCCAUAUACACGCCAAGUCAAUGGAUAAUCUCGACCACCUGGGUACGAUUAGAUCACCUUCUGCGGUCUUGUUAGCUAAAACGAUUAAUCAACAGCAACAGCAAGAACAGUGCGAAACUCAAGAACGGUACCGCGAUGGACAGCAAAGCGAGCAGAACAACGAAGAGUUAAGUGUAAAACCAAUUGUCAAAAUAAGUCGUAAGGAUGUGACCUAUGUGAAUGAGCAUCUAGCCAACCUGCCCGUAUCAAAGACGGCAAUAUACGGCGAGCAAUUAAAAACGACAACAUUGAAAAAAUCUAUUGCACCGCUACCGAUGGUAAACGCUAUAAACGACACACAACCGCGACGGACAGGAACUACGCUGGUCAACGCAGCCGAUGACGGUGGCGAUGGUUGCAAUGGAGACGACGAUGACGUGUACGUGCAGCUCGCUAGUAACGUAUCCUCUUCGGGUACGGUUGUACGUGAUGGUCGGUGGUCAUCAUCCAGCGGUCGGGAAUCGGAUGCGGUGUACGAGGUUCUGCGUGAUGAAAUAAAUCGAUACGACAUCAAUCGUGAAACAAUUAGACAAUGGGAUCUCAUGUCUAGUGGACUUGUUAAUAGCAGCACGACCACCAACACCUCGAAAGCAAAUGGGAGCAGCAUUGACACGGGUAGAAAAUCACUUGCCAGUAAUUGUACAAAUUCUAUCCUUGGCAAGACAAGCACGACGGACACUGGUGUGGAUAAUGUGGCCGGGGGCACAUAUCUUCGGGAAUCACAAUCAUUUUCCAAAGCAGGAACCGUCGUAAAUACGAAUGAUGCAAUGUCCGUGAGUAGUGUGAAUAGUAGUAAAUACAAUAUUCCAGAAAAUGUACGAAACAUGGAUUCAUUGAGGGAUAAAUAUAACUUGGAUAAUAGCAAACAUAUAAACGUUCGCAAAAAUGAGAGAAGAGAAUCUGGUCUAGAUGAUAGGACUACAAAACAAUGAAGAUAUUGCAGAUGAAGAUUGUGAAUAUAAUAAAAGAUAGCGAGCAGAGCAGCGAAAAGAAUAGGAACUUUUGUAAAUAUUAUUCAUAGCUAACAUUCCAUAACAGAAAAUAAGAAGAUUGAAGUAUUUUUUGAUACAGUCUGUUUAUAACGAUGAUGCUCGAAGAAGCAUAUACAUAUAUAUAAUAUGUAAGCAAAUGUUAUUACACCAUGUACAGCAACAGUGUAAAUUCAUCUGACAGAGGUGUUUAUGAUUAUAAUAGCUAAAGAGUUUAGAACAAAAAGGUUUGGUAUUGAAUACAACAAGCAUAACACGGUUAAUAAUGCGUUUUAAAGUUUUACUCAGGUUGUUAUUAUUGUAUAAUGUAUAACAAACAUCCAAAAUACUGUAAAUAUAACAUUACCGACACGAAUGGAUAAGCAAACAUUAAA